AUGAAUAACAAUAAUUAUCAAUAAGUGCCUCCUCCUUUGUAAAGCAACGAAUAUAAACCUCCUUAAGUUUUUAUACAACAAGCAGCUUAAAUGGCCUUACCUAGAAAUGCUGAUCAUUCAGUUUCACCUACUUCUAUCCAAUGUCCUCAUUGUAAUUAAGUUGGAGUGACUUAAGUCAAGAGUAAAGUAGGUAGUGGUACAUUGUGCUGUGCAUUCAUACUUUUAAUGACAACAUUUUGCUGCUGCAUACCUUUUUUAAACGAAAACUGCUAGGAUAAAUUACAUACUUGUACUUAUUGUUAAGCUUAAGUAGGUAUACAUGAGUAUAAAGUUUGUUGA